CCGAGCCUUCGAAUUAGUGAGCAGAUGUCAUCACAGAGCGACUCCCAGGAUAUCUCGGGGGAGCCUUCAGUAGAGAUGGAGACAUGCUCAGAUGUGGAGUCUUCGAGCGUGGAGUCCUCGGCGGGUGGUGAUGCCGCAGUGGCCAUGGAAGUGGAGAAGGACCUUCAGGCCGAAGUCGAAGCCGAGGGCUUCGAGCAAGAAAACGAGGAUGAAGAGCUUGCCCUCACCGUGCAAACCGCCGAGCAAGAAGAGGAGAGAGAGAGGCUGAAGGUGACGGUCGCCAUUCCUCCCCCCGGGGUGCCGGGGAAGCCAGCUCCUCCCGGCCAUUGGAUCCGACGCCCAUAAGUGUGGCUCCCGGGAAGAAAAACAAGAUGAAGGCGGCCCCAAGGAAGAAGCAAGCGGCAGUUGAUGCUGGGCAACCGGUGGGCAUACCCGAGGGCCAUUCGUUCCUGAAUACUGCCGCUCUAGAGCUGAAGACGAAGGCGUCCCCGGCAGAAUACCAGUCCACCCAGAUGCUGGUUGGACCUUCGGCGCGCGUGGUGGAGCCCAGGGCGGAUGAUUUGCUGCGAUAUGCGCCCGAGGGGUGUUUUGCUGCUCACACCCUCUCGGUGGAGAUGGGGCUUCGGUUCCCGCUCCAUCCUUUUCUCUUGGAGUAUCUGAGAUUUGUGGGGUUGGCCCCUUGCCAGCUAACGCCCAACAACCACUCCUAUGUGGCCGGCUUCCUCUCCUUGUGUCAGAGCCGGGGGGUCGAGCCCACACUUGAUCAAUUCUUUAUGUCCUUCAACCUCUGCCGGGGGGACAUUCAAAUGUUGAGGGCUUUGCCAACCUUCAGCAGGUACCAGAGUUCCGGCUUUUUGAUGAUGUGCCCUCGUCUCACAAGGGGUGGAAGGAGAGGUUCUGCUACAUCCGCCUCGAGGAGAACCCCUUCCCGACCCAGCUCCGUAAUAGCUUCCGGCGCCAUCCGAAGGUGGGGAGCGCAGCUUUGGAGAAGAACGGCAAAGUGCUUGCCAAGAAGCCGGAGGGGUCUGACAAGCACGUCAAGAUCAGAGAAGUCACCCUCCCGGAGGAUUUGCUUAGCCUGGGCUUCCGGCAGUUCAGGCCAAGGGGCUCUUCGGAUGAGAGAUAUCCUCCCCUCGAUCGGGUCUUCGAAGGCGCUGGAGGUGAUCACCGAAUUGUUCACUGAUGCGUUGAUAGUUCUCUCUUAUUCCCCCCUUUUUUUAUGACGUAGUAACUGGUAGCCUUCGAUCUAACCCUCCUGUGUUUUUUUGUUGCUUGCAGGUAACAAUAUGGACGUCGGUUCCCUCUUCGCUCUGAAAAACGCGAAAGGGAAGAAGAAGGCCCCGACGGGCGCUUCUGCCAGGGAGGGGCCCUCUCAAACUGCUGCCGCCGCUGCUGGCGCUGGAGGGUCCAAAGGUGCCGGGCCCGUAAAAAAGAAGAUCGCUGGAAAGGGGACCGAGCCCCCGGCCAAGAAGCCGAAGACCACCGCCCCUACCAAAAAGCCGAUCACCGAUGUGGUGGUGAUCGUUGACGAAGGGCACGCUUCUGCCUCCACCCCCAGGAACAAAUCAAUCAGGAGUUCUUUGGGCGGGAGAGGUUGGAGGCGUUAGUACCGAAGGGGGCCUCCGUGUUGGAGGGCAGUUUGAACCCUUCGGCUCUGAUGAGCCAGAUGCUGCCGUCGGCCGACCGACUGGCCCUUGCCCGGCUGGACGAGGGAUCCCUCGAGGCGAAGGUCCUCCUGAAUGCUGCCUCCAGUUUUAUGGGCCUCUGCGAGCACCUCCGAAGGGUGGAUCAAAUGAGGGAGGCCAAGGGUGCCGCCGAGGGGGAGGCCGCCCUCCUCAGGAAGAAGCUUGCUGAAGCCGAGGACUCUCUCCGUCUGGCCGCUGACGGCAUGGAGCAGAGGGUGCAGGCUGCAAGGGCCGAAGGGGUUAAUGAGGGACUAGCCAGAGCCGGGGAGGCCGCCGCCCGCAUUGCCGCCGAUGAAGCCCGCACGGCUCAAGAAGAGGCCGUCUCCAAGGCCCGAGAGGAUGCGGUGACCAGCUUCACAGCCGAGGGGUGGAAGGCCGAAGACCGGAGGGAGUGGCUUGCUUCGGUGGUGGGGGCUUCAGUGGACGAGUGGGUCGGAGGCCCCGGAAAGAUGUGGCUUGCUGAGAGGGGCGACUCGUACUACCAAGGCGGGGAGUUCUUCACCCAACGCCUUAUCUACCGGAAGCUUGCGAAGCACUUUCAGGUGGCACCGGAGGAGUUCCGUCCAGAGGCUUAUGGCCUCCCCCCCCCCCCAGCCAGAUGUCAGGAUCCCGCUCCCCGAGGGGGAAGAGAGGCCAGUUCUUGAAGACUCGGAGACCCUCCGGGAGUGCGGCCUUGGGGGUGAAGAGGAUGAAGCCGAGAGCGAGGCGAUGUCCACAGUCCCCCCUUCUUGAAUUGUAUUCCCCCCUUUUGUGUUGUAAUUGUUGGCCUUGGCCUCCUUUGUAACAGUGCAAUUAAACUUCCUUUUUUUGAACGAAUGAGUACAUAUGCCCUCGGGCCUUUGAUAUAUAACAUGCUUCCUUUUGAUUUGUUCAUUGUCGAAUAUAUGCCUUCGUCUUGCUUUGGAUGUAUGCC